AUGGACUUCCUCCUCAUUGCUAUCGGCGGCGUGAGAGACUCCAGCGUCCAUGGCGCGGUGGCGGCCAGGAACAUGCUGCAUAAGAUCCUGGAGGUUCGGCCUAGGCUUGGUGAGGGUAAGAGCUGCAGUGAGAACACCGUGCUGGGAGCCCAUCCUGUUGCUGCGGAGAUGUGGAAGAUGCUGACAUCCCAGCCCAAGAGCACAGAAAAGAUCCUUAGGGAGCUGGUCAGCAGGCUGCAGGGGCAGGCUCCACGGCGGCAUCAGCUCUCUCAGAGACCGGCCGGCGUCGCCUCCUUGGCUGCCACAAGAGCCCUAUAUGUGAUCCUGCAGGAGCAGGCCUGCAGGCAGGAAGUGAAGGAGCUCUUCCCUCAGCUCUACGUCGCGCUGCUCUUCCACGUCACCCACACAGUGCAGCACACUGCUUUGCAGGAGAGGGAGCAUAACCAGGAGGACACGGCCACACCCCUCAGCCCCGUCAGGUUCGCGGUGAAGGCCAUGGAAGCUUUGCUUCUAUGCGCUGGCUACAAGGAGCAGGCCACCUUCAUGAUGAAGCAUGGCCGCUGGGACCUGCUCAUGAGCUCCGACACGCACCACAAAGGUGUCUGCCUGCUUGCCCGGGCCAUGGUUUCGCUCAAUGUCGAGGAGCGAAACUGGAUUUUCCACCAUGUCAUGGCCAUCCUCAAUGAUCGGGACGAUGGCGAUGCGUCCCGGCCGUGGCGCUCUUCAUUCAGCGAGCUGGAAGACGCCAUCGUGGAGGAGAUGAGCGGGCUGCUGAGAGACCCCAAGACCGUGGUGCGCUGCACUCGCUCCUCUGAAGAGGUCUGGAAGGGCCUUUUGCUGCUAAGAUCUCAUAACAAGUUUGAUACCCACAAUAUAGUGAAGGCAGAGAAAGCCCUUGGGACUUAA